AACUGAUUAUAAAAUCAUACUUCAGGGCCGUGUCCGGGAUCGCUGCAGAUCCAGGGUCACUGCCGAGGGAUUUGUCCAUUUAACAUCAUUAUAUCGGCCAGGCUGCCGAAUGCACCGUCCUCAGCAAAGGGGGCAAAAGGAUUCUCUCCCGGGACCAUCCCCCCCACCCCGGGACACCGGUGUCCCAGACUGAGCCCCGGACCCCGGGCUCUUCCUGUCCGGGUAAUUCCCCGGGGAGUCACGUGGGGAGUCUCCAACACGCACUUCCGGCGGAAGCUGCCCCGCCGGACAACAGGCGGAAACACGUCACUGCGGGACCGCUGCGAGCGACGCACACAGCGCGAGACCCGAGCCGGUUCCGUUAAAACCGUUGGGAAUCAGCCCCGGCGCGCGGCCGUUAAAGAAAAGUGUUCCUGACGUGAGACAGUCGGAAAGGGCAGGUGUGAAGGGGAGAAGUCAAACAGUGAGGAAGAUUUGAGAAUCGGGAAAUGUCGAUGGGAGAUGGAGGAAGAGACAUCACCUAAGUUUGCACUUUAUCCCGUUGUGAUGCGGUUUGAAUGGCAUCGUCUGGAUGAAAGAUCUGUUUCAGAGCAGGAUAAUUUACCAAAAUUACACAUCAAAAUGGGCACAGUGAAAUCCGACGCGGAGAGUCACAUCCACGCCUUAGAGCAGAUAUUCGUCGCGAAAACGUACCGUGAGCAGGACCAGACCAUCAUGCUGGGGAAACUUCUGCUGAUCAAGGUCGAUAUUGGAAACCCCAACAACUUCGUCCACAUGGAGGUGUUCGUACCCAGUAACAAACUGCCAGUUCUGGUGGCGAUCCAGGAAAACUUCAGUAACUGCGCUCCGCUGGAACCCUUGGUCUGAGAAACGAGAGUUUCCUGACCGAUGCCAACCCCUCGCUGUGCUUGCGGCCCACCCCUCGGGAAUAUUCCCCUCCCUCCAUACAAAGCUCGUCACACGGGGUAGUUGGGACACCCUUCAGCUACCCACAGUUUAAUGCGGGGUUUGGUUCUUCCUGUCCACAGAUCCCAGACACACACCCACCUCCCCCCCCCGCCAACUCACCGACACGUCCCGCGCUCCCGGAAUACCAGCAGACCCACCUCUCCAGCUCGCUGAGGCCACCUGAACCGUCAGCUGUUCGACGCACAAGCUUUUCGCUAAUAAAACGCGUUGAUCCGAUUGGUCGUCUGGUCGUCUAUAACCAUCCCCU